AUGGAAGAACUCAUCAAAACAAUUGGCAUUAUUACUGUCGGUAAUGAUAUUAUUAAACAAGCUUUAGGCUCUGAAAAGGAAGAACAAAGAUUUGUUGACGUUGAAGGAUUCAGUAAACAAUGGAACCUUGAAGCUCCGGAUGUAUGUUGUGUAUGCCUAGAGGGUGCAACUAAUGUGGAAAAUAUAUUAGUGUAUUGUGAUGGACGGGAAUGCGAGGUUAUUUGUCACCAAGAAUGUUACGGCAUAACAAAAUUACCUGCUGAAGAAGAUCCUUGGUAUUGUGACAAAUGUCUUGCAAAACCAGCCGAAGUGGUGUCUUGCAUUUUAUGCCCAAAAAAAACUGGAGCAUUUCGUAGAUUGAGGGAAGAGGAAAGUUUCAAAACAAAUGCAUGGGUUCAUUUAGUUUGUGCUUUGUGGAUACCAGGAAUGUGGAUAGCCAAUACAUCAGAAUUAAAUGAGUGCUCAAUCAUUAAUGUUAAACAAGUAAAUUGGAAAAAGAAAACGGCUAAAAACUCUCUUAAAAAGUUAUUGAAAAGUUUCUUAUGUGUAACGUUCACACCUACAAAUCUAAAAAUAAAAUCUUAUUCUGUCACUCCCACUCCUACUAAUAAUGUUGCCAACCAACUCUAUAAUGAUGAAUUAAACUUUACAUAUAAGGAUAGUGGCAUAAGCUUAACUUCGUUUGAGAAUCUUCCAUUACGUAAAUAUCAUCAACAUUAUCACAGUAUAUUUUGUUAUCCAAUAAUUAGUCAUUUUUUUUAUACAAGCUUUCAAAUAAAACCAAAUUGUUCAUGGUUAUAA